AUGGGGCUGUCUCUUUUCUUUCUCUUGUUCAUCUCAGUGAAAGCAGUGGUGGUUUCAUUGCCAUCAAAUACUACCGACAUCCCCAUUCAAUCCACUGGGUUUCGUAUUGAGGGAACCAAUCUGACUGGCCAAAAGCUUGUCCCCUUAACCCCAUUGCUGAUUGAAUCGACUACGGCCCGACUCAAGGCCUUUAAUUUCUCUGGCACUCUCACUCAAGUCAUCCCAAGCAAUUCCCUGGAUUUACAGAGCUCGCAAAUCGCUUGCAUAUCUUGCGACCAGGACGACUAUACCGGAAAUAUCCGAGUCGACGAGACAAUUGAAUACGUCACCUCUGCUCAAUCCGCUGCUAGCAUUCUGCUAUAUAGUAAAACAGCUACCGGCUGCAACUUCACUUCCGAUGAUCAGACCGCUGGACGCUUUCCCAAUAUCUUCACCUUCACAAGCCGAACCGGUUAUCCCGCGUUACUCCGUGCGUUCGAUCAACCAACGACUAUCAGCAUCGUCUCAAUGUCCUCCUAUCCCAACGGUGUCCCUAUUGAGGACGAUGCCCCCACCACGAGUGACAGUCCAAAUACUGCCAUGAUCAUCCUGUACAGCAUCACAGGUAUCAUCACCGCCCUGUUCCUAGGAAUCAUCAUCACAGGUGCAGUUAGGGCCCAUCGCCAUCCAGAGCGAUAUGGUCCUCGCCGGAUUGCCGGACGAGUCCGACAAAGCCGAGCUCGAGCACUCCCCCAGGCCGAUAUAAUCACCACUGUGGUAUCGACGCCCCGCGAGUCCGAAAUGCCAACCCCAGAUAACGAGCGCCCCACUCCCACAGCCCCCGAAGCCAAGACCGAGAUGCCCGAUGGAGGUAACUUCUCGUGUCCGAUUUGCACAGAUGACUUUAUCAAGGGCCAAGACCUACGUGUCCUGCCCUGUAACCACCAGUUCCACAUGGAAUGCAUUGAUCCAUGGUUGAUGAAUGUGUCCGGCACCUGUCCCCUUUGCCGCAUCGACCUCAACCCCCCUCAAUCCGAAAACCCAGAGGAAAACGAAGAAAAUGCCGAUCAACCCGACCAACCACACGGAGAAGGCGCAGUCCUAACGACGGAAGACGCCCGCCGGCAAGCCCGUCAGCAAGCUCGCCACACGCAUCGCCGUCUGACCAACUAUCUGCACGGACCUCUCAACGCCCGACGAAUGCGUGACGCUACCGUCGAGGAGCGUCUCGCCGCGCUGCGACGCGUCCGUGAAGCAAACCAAGUCGACUCCUCGCCCCAAGAAGGACUACACCGUGGUUUGACCACCCGACUACGCGAUCGCUUCCGCAUUCGAACGCGCGCUCACGGUGCCGAAGGUGAGACAUCCGCUGACACCGAUCCUGCUGCGCCUUCUCCGGCGGCUCCGACGGCCGUCCAUCUUACACCAUCUACUGCCUGA